AGAUGCUUGAUCGCAGCAAAAGCCACCAGUUCCACUAUUAUCAGCCGGGGAUAGGGACGUACGUUACGUCCAAGUCCCUUUCCAGUCAUGGUCGCUUCCAGCGCAUCAGGUCUGCUUACCUAAAAGCCAAGGACUCUGCCGUCGGUUCCUCCUUUGCUGAACAUGUCAUGGGAGGAUACAAGUUCCUCAUGAGAUACUAUACUCCGGGUGAUGAAAUUUAUUUCAUUGGGUUCAGUCGAGGCGCUUAUAUUGCGCGGUUUCUGGCGGAAAUGCUCGACUACAUCGGCCUCCUCGAGGCGGGCAAUGAGGAGCUGACCCGGUUUGCGUGGAAGACGUUCGCUAAAUGGCAACAGCGACGUAGCGGAGGCACUGACGAAGAGAAAGAGGAGAAGCGGCAACUGUUCCGCUAUAUGAAAGCCUUCCGGGAAACCUUCAGCCGGCCGAUUACCAGAAUCAAGUUCAUGGGCCUGUUCGAUACGGUCAACAGUGUGCCCAGAUUUGAGUCCGCUUGGAUGCAAAGAAGUAAAUUCCCAUAUACCGCUCGCAGUUCGGCCAAAGUCAUUCGACAUGCCGUGGGAAUUGACGAGCGACGCGCCAAGUUCCGACAGGAUCUCAUCUCGGAAACCAAACCCUGGCAGCACAAGAAGAGACGCCAUCAUGGUUGGGGACGGCAUCACCUACCUCACCUUCGUCACCAUCAUGACGGUUCCGAGAACGUGCCCGCCAUUGUCGUCAACGACGGAAACAAUGACCACAAAGACGCAAACUAUGCAGGAUCUACCCAGCAGGGACAGGAGGACGCCGCGUCGAACUACCGCAGCAUGUGCAGCUCUCAUGACGACGACGAGGAGCAACCCCAUCGCUACCGCGCCCCUUCCCCUGCUCCUGGCCAGAGGAGACAUCUGAGUCUCGCGGUUCCCAUGGUGACAGGGUCCACGGAGGAUUUAACGUCUGUCAAGAGUGGCCACUCGGGGCUUUCUCUUCAAGUUCCGGAUCCCCAUGCUCAGGGGGAUUUCGACGACCCGGACGAGAGUUCCCAGGACAUCCAAGAAGUAUGGUUUCCUGGAGGUCAUGCGGAUAUUGGUGGCGGAUGGAAACUAGGCGCCGAGGAAGAGUGGCCGCUCAGCCACGCACCGUUAGUCUGGAUGGUCCAAGAGGCACAGAAAGCGGGUCUUCAACUCGACACACGGAAAUUGAAACAAUUCGAGUGCUGCGAAGAAUACGAUGGACAGUAUUCUCCCAUCCACCAGAAUAUUCGCUGGAACCGCAGCAAUGGCUGGGGUCAUGAUCAAGAUUAUGCCCAUGGGGGCAACGACGAGUCCGAGCACCCUAUGUUCAGACUGACCGUCAAUGAUGGUUCAAAGCCGCGGUCCAAGUCAAGCUGCAAUUUCCUUGCAGCCCUUCACAGUUCGAGUCGAGAGGGCAUGCUGCACGACUGCCUUUCUUUCAACAAGGGUCUUCCAGCAAUGUCCGUUCUCACAUGGCGCAUCAUGGAGUAUCUGCCGUUCCGCCGAAUGGACUUGCAGGAAGACGGAUCUUGGAAGCCAAUCCGCUGGCCACUUCCUUGCGGUGAGGUACGCGACAUCCCGAACGACGCCCAAAUCCACGUGUCUGCGAUGCGCCGAAUGGCUGCAGACCCUGAAUAUCGCCCGGGAAAUCUGAUCGUCGGCGGCGGUGGAAGAGGCGUCAAACGAGCUCCCGAAGAAUACGGAAUUGGGCAGUGGGUGGUCAAAGACUAUGAAGGCGAUCCAGUUCGAGAAGUAUACGUGCGAAAGAGUGUGUCGAAGAUGUGUCGAGAUCACGAACACCAAGAUCAAGGGCCCAGCAUGUGCAAGGAUGAUGAUCAUCAGUAAACACGGGAGCCCCGAGAUUGUAUCAGGGAAGUUUCUGGCUGUCGUGCUGUACCAUUCCUUUCCUUUCCUGUCUUUUUUCCUUCUUUUCGAUUCCUUUUUUAAAUCUUUUCCAUCCCUCUUUCAUCUGUUCACCCCCAUUUUCUUUAUCUUCGGCCCACUCAAUUUGUCCUACCCCUAGCGUUGGAGGGGUCGAACUACUAAUACUGCUUGCGCUUCCACUAGUCGAGACUUGGAAGUUGUUGGAGAAACUCUAUAUAUAUAUAAUGAAUGUAAUGUG